AUGCAACAACAUAUAAGGUUGGUUGCAACUGUUUGCUAUGGACCUGCUUUUUGCCGGCGCACAAACACAGCCUGCCACCUCAUAAUAGUGAAUUUUCCAAUGCAAAAGCCACACAUCUAUGCAUUAUACUUAUCGAAUGGUCUCAGAAUCUCAUAUCAUCGGGGGCCUAGCUCAUCCUACGCGACUCACAGAAUUGUACAGAUAGGUUUGGAUAUAGACGAAAUGGAGGGAAUGGCAGUGAAAUGA